UCCGAAAAACGGGUGGUGAAAAAAACCCUGACCAGCUCCAGACCUCCGCCCCACUUGAUUCGUGCUUUCCCAUAAUGCACCGCGUCUCAGCGGGAAACCAAAAUGGCGAGGCUGAAGAGAGAAAAACACUCGGCUGGUGUGUUCUGAAAAAUCCGUCAGGAGCCGCGAGUCGCUGAGAGAAACCCGGCCGGGGAGGAGAGGUUCACACACCCCGUGGCUUUAAUGCUUUUUCCCGUGUAUGCAUCAUUCUGAGCGCUGGAAGUGGCCGAAUGAGAGACUCAACAGUCGUAAACAGUCCGAGCUCCCAUCGCAAGUCUCCGUCUCUUCGCCAAGACGACUCUCCCGUGUCCUUGUCCAAACUCUCGCUCAGAAAUGGGCAGAGCGACACGGAGAAGCUCGCCAAUAAGUUCGAGGAGGGCCAGGAUGUUCUAGCUCGCUGGUCCGAUGGCUUGUUUUAUCUGGGGACAAUCGCGAAGAUAAACAAACAAAAGCAUUGCUGUUUUGUGAUUUUUGAAGACAAGUCGAAAUCUUGGGUUCUUUGGAAGGACAUUCAGACGGGGGACAGUGGAGGGGAGAUGCUCUGCACCAUAUGCCAGAAUGAAAGCUCAGAACCACCCAAUGAAAUGGUCAUCUGUGACAAGUGUGGACAAGGAUAUCACCAGCUGUGCCACGCGCCCGUCAUCAACGCCAACGUGAUCGCGUCCGACGAUAAAUGGCUCUGUCGGGAGUGCGUGUUCGCCACCACGACGAAGAGAGGCGGCGCGCUGAAGAAAGGGCCGAACGCCAAAGCGCUGCAGGAGAUGAAGCAGUCACUGCCUUAUUCCGUGAAGGACCUGGUGUGGGACCAGGGCCAUAAAACCAACAUCCAGCAGUGUUACUGUUACUGUGGAGGACCUGGAGAGUGGUAUCUGAAAAUGCUGCAGUGUAACAGAUGUAAACAGUGGUUUCACGAAGCGUGCAUCCAGUGCUUACAGAGACCCAUGCUCAACGGGGACAGGUUUUAUCAGUUUAUAUGUUCAGUGUGCAGUAGUGGACCGGAGUACCUCAAACGCCUGCCUCUGAGAUGGGUCGAUGUUGCACACUUAAGUCUCUACAAUCUGAGUGUCAUUCAUAAAAAGAAAUAUUUUGACUCUGAACUGGAGCUCAUGGCUUUUAUUAACGAAAACUGGGACAGACUUCAGCUCGGAGAGCUUGCAGACACGCCCAAAUCAGAGCGGUAUGAACGAAUUCUGGAAGCACUUAACAGCAACCCGUCCAUGUUCAUGUCCGGAAAGGAAAUCAAGAAGAAGAAGCACCUGUUUGGGUUACGGAUCCGCUUCCCUCCAUCCCCUCAAAACUCAGAACCGCCAUCGGACCGGGAGCAGGAAAGAGCCUUACAUGAGAUUAAGAUUAAAGGCAGGAAGUCCAUGAAGCCCCCUCAUGCUAACAGCACACUCUCCAAUGGAGUGGUGAAGAAAGGGAAGAGGAAACAUCACUCACACUCAUUCGAGACGCUGGCCAAGCUGAGACGAUCAGAAGAGCUUCUGGCACAGAAUCACAUGAAGUUCCCGACUGCAGAAAACAGCUCACUGGACGUGACGACGUCUAAAAGCGUCAAAGCGGAAAUGUUUGCUCCGUCAUCGAGUACCUCCGACGCCGACUCCGUUAGUGCCACCACUAUGAGCGAAACUACCUCAACUAUCGUAUCAAGUCUUAGCAGCUCCAGCAGGACUCCGGUUCCUCAGCCCCCGGUCAAAAGGGGUCGAGGACGUCCGAGACGAGCGCUGCAGCCCCCCAACCCCGAGAUCCCCCCGUCUGCCCCUCAGCCGCCAGACACCACUCCCUCUCCGCCGCUCACGCUCUCACCCGCACCGCUCUCUCGCUUCCCCCCGACCUCCAUCACACAGGGCCUGGACUCUAACGCUCAGCUCAGCCUCCUCAGGAGCUCCAUCAGCAGCUACUUCGGCGCGGCCGGGCGCAUGGCAUGCGGGGAGAAGUAUCGCGUGCUGGCGCGCCGCGUCACAGACGACGGCAAAGUGCAGUACCUGGUGGAGUGGGAGGGUGUCACUGCCUCGUAAAACCCCCAAACCUCCCCCAACACACACACACACACACACACACACACACACACACACACACACACACACACAUUCUCAUUCUCUCUUCAGAACUGUACUAUUUUGGUUUGACAUUUCCCUCUUUUUGCUUUUCUUUCUUUCUUUCUGAGUUCACUGACCCCACACACACACACACACACACACACACACACCAUUCAGUUUCAGGUCGUUCGAAGAAAAAAAAAAAGAACGAAAGAAAGAAAGAAAGCGAGAACUAUUGAACCGUGCCUCUUUUUCAUGACAAAAAAAACCCCUUUUAGGUCGUAGAUGUCACACGGUGCCACACGUCAGACACGUCACUCGAGUUUGUGAUGCUUUUUAACACCUUUUUGACCACUUCCUGUCGUCCUGCUUCGCCUCAAAACCACCUGCAACCCCAGCCGUGAUAAAAAUCGUUGAUUCCUGUAUGUGUCUGUUGGAUCAGGGGGGAGGGGGAGGAGGAUGUGGGGUUUUGGCAUGUUCAAGUACGUUGAAGACAAAUUUCUUCCAAAGGGUAAAACAGGACUGAAUUUCUUUCAUAAGAACGAAAAAUUUCGAGGCAAUACCGAGGAAGCGUUCGGUUUCACACGGACGUUAAAGGAAGUCGGAAAUGGGUGCGUUUGGAACGUAUUGAACACGAAUAUUUCACCACGGAAAACUCGCCGUGCUCACGUGUUGGCACCCUUCAAAAAUAAAAAAAUAAAUCAGAUGCUGUAUGAUGCUGCAGAUUUGAGGAAUUUUUUUUUAAUCUGUUAUGUAUUUGUCAUUUUUUUUCUACUUUUUUUUUUUUUCUGUCGAGACUCAUUUGAAUAGGGCACUUUUAAAAUAAAUUUUAAUUAAAUAAUA